AUGGUGUACAACGUCCCCCCCGAGGAAACCGAGCCCAUCGUCACCUCUCACAUCAACGGCACCACUGAGGAGAUUCUCGCCAGAUACUGCGUUACUGAGCUAUGCAAAGGGUGGCCCGUCUACCGCGACGCCUCGGAAUGGAAGAACUACCGCAGCUUGUUUGCCAAGGAGGGGGCCUACGUAUGGACGACCUGGUCCGGUGGCCUCCCAAUUGAGAAAUUCAUCGAGGUCUCCAUCAAAGGCCGCGCCAACGGCGACUUUAUCAUGCACCGCGAGAACGGCACCCUCGCCAACGUGAACCUCGCCACGCAACGCGGCCUCGGCAAGAUGAAGGCCACCAUCACACAACGAUUCACGAUCCAGGGCAUCGCCGUCGACGUCGAGUGCGACUGCCGCUUCAUCUUCUUCUGCAAGAUCGACGAGGGCGCGUGGAAAGCCCAGUACGUCAAACUCUUUUACGAGAAGGACAGGGUGGUCCCCGUGGACGGCAAGGCCGUGCCGCAUUUCCCCAAGGAGGAGCUGGACAAGUACACCGAGGGCUACAAGUAUCUUGCCGUGGCGCAGAACUUGCUGGGUCACCCGAUCCUGAACGAUCUGCCCAACGCCGAGAACCAGGGCUUCUUUGACAUGUACAAGGCCAUGGCCGACUGGCUGCAAGGCCAGGAGAUCAACUUGUUCUGGGAAAAGUAG